GCGUUCCAAUCAUAGCACAGUAGGGAGGGGCAUGAAGAAAAACGGGUGGGAAAUAAAAAAAUUACGCGUCGUGCGCACAGGAAAUCAACACGGAAGUGAGCCUCGUUAGUAGCAAGCCACGCACAGAAGAAAAACUUGAUAACUGAACUUCAGUAUUCAGCCUGCUUUACAAAGAGAUCUAAAGAUGUCAUCAGGUGCUCUCUUUCCGAGUUUGGUCAGCGGAUCUAGGGGAAGCUCUAGCAAGUACCUGGUGGAGUUUCGUGCUGGUAAAAUGACCUUGAAGGGGAAUGUAGUGACACCAGACAAACGCAAGGGCACAGUGUACAUCCAGCAGUCGGACGACUCCCUGAUUCACUUCUGCUGGAAGGACAGGACGACUGGGAAUGUUGAUGAUGACCUGAUCAUUUUCCCUGAUGAUUGUGAAUUCAAGAGGGUGAGCCAGUGCACCACUGGACGUGUCUAUGUGCUGAAGUUCAAGGCUGGAUCCAAGAGACUGUUCUUCUGGAUGCAGGAGCCAAAGACUGAGAAGGAUGAAGAGCACUGUCGUAAGGUGAAUGAGUACCUGAACAACCCUCCCAUUCCUGGAACGGCAGGCAGCGGAGGAGGCAGUGGCCACGAACUCUCCGCACUCGGAGGAGAGGGAGGCCUGCAAAACCUGCUGGGAAAUAUGAGCCACAACCAGCUGAUGCAGCUGAUCGGACCAACAGGACUGGGAGGAUUGGGAGGUCUGGGAGCCCUAGCAGGACCUGGACUUGCCAACUUGCUUGGCAGCGGAGGACCAGCUACCAGCAGCUCCUCAUCUAGCUCUCGUAGUCAAUCAGCAGCAGCCACUACUGCAUCAGGUGGAGCCCCCAGAUUGAGCUCCUCCCAGGCCCCCACCACCCCUGUGACUCCCGCUGCCUCAGCUGUCUCCCCUACUACUGUUGCUCCCUCCACACCAGCAGCCGCUGCUCCGACCCCAGUGGUCCCAGCCUCUGUUGGAAGCCCUACCUCCCACCAGCCCAUCCAGCUCAGUGACCUUCAGAGCAUCCUCGCCACCAUGAACGUCCCAGCUUCAGCUGCUGCUCAGGGAUCAUCGAUGGAUCUAGCGAGUGUUUGCACCCCGGAGAUGAUGGCUCCCAUCCUGACUAACGCUGAGGUCCAGCAGAGGCUUCUGCCCUUCCUCCCCAGCGGAGAAAGUUUACUGCAGAGCGCCGACGAGAUCCAGAGCACAAUCAACUCACCUCAGUUCCAGCAGGCGAUGAGUAUGUUCAGCAGUGCCUUAGCCUCCGGGCAGCUCGGCCCUCUCCUGAGUCAGUUUGGUCUGCCGGCAGAAGCUGUGGACGCUGCCAACAGAGGAGAUGUGGAGGCGUUCGCCAGAGCCAUGCAGGGCAGCAAAGCAGACUCCAAAGAGAAGAAAGAGGACGACGAGGACAUGAGUCUGGAUUAGAGCUCACACUGCCAUGCCUCAACUGAGUGCCUAUAAAAAUCUGUUAUUCCUUCCCUCCUCUAUAUUUUAGUACAUUUUCUUCUCUUUAAUGUUGUCUUACUUUUUUCUAUACCAAAGGCAACACUCUGCUUCUACUCAGGAUGAACAGCACAGGGCUAUCAGAGCUGUUAACACCAACAGCUGUUUUAUUCUGUUGAUCAUCAGUUUUGUGAAUGAUUAAGCCUUAUGUUUGAUUUUGUUUUCUUUGUUGUUGCACCACAGUUGAGACAGUCAGAGCCUUAGUGAGUGCUGAUACACUCAGGCUUUAUUUGUGAUUUACUCUUGAUAAAAAAAAUCAUUGGCAAACAAACACUAGAGUUCAGUUUGUAUGAAAAACAAAUUUUAUUUAGAAAUACAUUUACAACACAUGGAGGGGCAGGAGUGAGGGGGAGGGACAGCUUAUUCUUUCUGUGAGAUUUUUAAAAAGUGGUUAUUAUAUCAUUAUAUACAAACUUCACACGUGUUUGGUUCAUGUUUACAUAUGACAGAUUAGAUGAGAAACGCUGCCUGAAACGUGGACAGGAGCCGACAGGUGGGAAAUGGCAAUGAGUCCUGUGUUUAACAACGACUUCAUCUGACAAGUCAAGACUGUUUUAUUUUUUGUUUUUUUUUUAACAGAGUUGGGGUGUGUGAGGAUUUCAGAUAUUAUGCAUUGACACUAUAUUCAUUACAUUUGGCAUUCUUGGUCAUAAUUAAAACCUGGAUGUUGA